AUGGACAAUGAAUUAAGAUCAACCAUCAGUACUUAUAUCUUAGAUGGGCCUGCAAAUGAAAAUGAGCCGAAACCAGAAACAACUCAGGAGGUUGACAGGAGCAGUCUGUUUAACAGGGUGGACACAAUCCCAGUGAAGGUCUCAGACCUUGGAAGUAGCUUCAACAGCAAAGAUGAUGGUGCUGGUGGCAGCAGCAGCAAUUUUGAGAGCUCUCAACCCAUAGCUGAGAAAUUGAAAGAAUCUACCAGGAGCCAUUGCAUACAGCAGAGGCAGCAUCAGAGGCGGCAGCAGAGACCGAGCUGCACGGCCAAGAUGUGUGACUUCACAGAGGAUCAGACUGCUGAGUUCAAGGAGGCCUUCCAGCUGUUUGACCACACAGAGGAUGGAAAGAUCUUAUUCAGCCAGUGUGGGGACAUGAUGUGGACCUUGGGCCAGAAUCCCACCAAUGCUGAGGUGCUCAAGGUCUUAGGGAAUUCCAAGAGUGAUAAGAUGAAUGUGAAGGUGCUGGACUUUGAACACUUUCUGCCAAUGCUGCAGACUGUAGCAAAGAAUAAGGACCAGGGCACAUAUGAAGACGAUGUAGAGGGGUUUCAGGUGUUUGAUAAGGAAGGGAACGGCAGAGUUAUGGAGGCUGAAAUACUGCACGUCCUCAUCACUCUGGGUGAGAAGAUGACCGAGGAAGAAGUGGAAGUGUUGCUGGCAGGGCAUGAGGAAAGCAACAGUUAUACCAACUAUGAAGAGCUAGUCCGGAUGGUGCUGAAUGGGUGA